CUGAAAGAAGAGCGCAGUGGGUGAGAUACACCAGAGACAUCUAAGAGAAGGAGCUCAACGGUUCUUCUGACAUUUUAACUCCAGCUUGGACUUAAGUUGGUUUUCUUGAAGGAACUGUGAGUUUAAGGCGGAAGCGACGAGUCAAAAUCGAGCUAGUGAUUUUACUUUUGCUGAGAUUUCCACUCGUGUCACAUAUCUUUGAUUGUUUCCGAGUUAGCCCAGAUUAGUGCAGAGUGAAAGGUGUGUGUGCGCUCGCGCGGCGGGUCUCACCCUCUGAAACCCUUAAACCCGCUGGUUGCGUUUAGUACUCGUAGUUUUUUGGAGAUUCGGACUCGUAGGAGGGGCGGUGUUUCACACAAUCAACACCGUCUUCACGGGUUUGUUUUAGUCACAGCCUGAACGUGCUGCUGGACACAAACCUGUUGAAAUUUAGCGCAUACGUUUAUCAGUUUCACGCCCGUGUCUGUGCAGAAACUCUGAUUUACUGCGCGAGUCAAAAGCGAGGAUGGAGAACUGGACAAUGGGCGUCGGUUCUCUCGGUGAGGAGGCUUUAAGCAAGCUGUCAAAGAUGUUGGACAACUCCGCUUGUGGGUGGAGGAAGUUGGCAAGCGCCGCGGCUGAGCAGCCUCAAUUCCGCUGCAGUGAGAAGGAGCUGACCUGCUGCUCCCUUCAGGUGCUGGAACCUUUAGGCAGCCCCACACGAAACCUUCUGGCCUGCCUCGAUGAUCGUCGCUGCUCCCUGGACUUCCUCCUGCACUGCCUGAGAAAGAUUGACCACCAGGAAGCUGUGCAGUUCCUCACCACCACAGUGUCAGAACAGUUUCGGAUCACAGUAAACCCACAGUCCCAACAGGCUCCAGCUGGGAGCAAGCUGGUUCUGAUCUGCAGGGCUUCUGGACCCCCUGGACUCAACUACCAGUGGUUCAGAGGCAAAAAUGAGAUUGUGGGUGGAACAGGGACUUCACCAGAGUUGGUUCUGUGUCCUCUAAGCCCCACACAUCAGGGUCACUACAUCUGCAGAGUCAACCAGGGAGAAAAAUGCCUCUUCUCCCAGUGGGCUCAAGUUCGCCUGGUCCACUCUGCUGGUUCCACUGCAGGCUGCAGCAGCCUGUUCACCAGCUCAGUGAGUGGACUGCACAUCGUCCAGCAGCCUCAGUCCCAAGCAGCGUCUGAGGGAGAUGCUCUGCUCCUGAAGUGUAGAGCAGAGGCCAACCCCCCAGCUCAGUAUGAGUGGUACCACAACAAAAAGCCCAUGCCCAAACAAAAGACAUGCUCCCUCCAGAUCCAGUGUGUGACCACGAAGCACAGAGGAGAGUACAGAUGUAAGGUGUUUAAUCUGUACCACGAAGCGUGGAGCGACACGGCAACCGUCACCAUUGGCCCGAGUUCAGUCACAGAAGCCUCCUGGGUGGAAGUCGACCGUGGAUUAGAGUCACAGGAAGUCCACAAGUCGACCUCCAAACAAGGAGUGUAUCCUUUACAUCAGAGUACAAGUCCGCCCUCAGCAGCCAUGAAUUUCUACGCUGCAGACAAAGUUGCUCUUCUGAUUGGCAACAUGAACUACCUCCACCAUGGUCAGCUCCGUGCUCCUAUUUCCGAUGUCCACGAGUUGACCAACCUUCUCAGACAAAUGGACUUCAAGGUGGUUUCCCUGCUUGACUUAAACUUUCAGGAGAUGCACAGCGCCGUGACCGAGUUCCUGUUGCUGCUUGACAAGGGAGUGUAUGGCCUGCUGUAUUAUGCUGGUCAUGGUUAUGAGAACUACGGAAACAGUUUCUUGGUUCCUAUUGAUGCUCCGGCCUCUUACACAUCACAGCACUGCCUGUGUGUGCAGAAUAUUCUCACCAAGAUGCAGGAGAAAGAGACUGGACUCAAUGUAUUCCUGUUGGACAUGUGCCGUGUGAGAAACCCAAAUGAUGAUGUCAAGGUUCAACCUGGACUGCUCAAAGUCACGGCAAACAUAGUGUUUGGUUACGCCACAUGCGUUGAUGCCAAAGCGUAUGAGGUGAACCGGGAAGACGUGGCCAACGGCAUCUUCAUAAACUUCCUUAAACAGCGAGUGUGUGAAAAUGAGAAGGUCACCAUCAUGCUGGACCGGGUCGCUGAAGACAUGGGUCGAUGUGCGAUUGCGAGAGGUCGUCAGGCUCUAGAGCUUCGCAGCAAUCUGUCAGAAAGACGUUCCCUCACUGAUCAGAUACAGGCUACUGACAGAUCUGCGUCUUCUUCAGCUCGAAACCUGCAGUGGGCAGUUGCUCAUGUUCUUCCUGAGAGCUGUUUCCUCCAGUUUGACUGCGGGGUGAAAGUUCAGCUGGGAUUUGCUGCAGAAUUCUCCAACGUCAUGGUCAUCUACACUCGGAUUCUCCAGAAACCACGAGAGGUCGUCUCCUGCUCUGCUCAGCUGACUGGCUUUCCAGCGGAUGUGGAUGUUGAUCUGAAACAGAGCAACCAGGAGACUCUGCUUGAAGCUGGCAGUUUACUUCUGAUUAAGGAAGAGCUCCGGUGCCCGGACGUCCCAAGUCUUUACACACGUAUUCACAGCCUGCAGAGACUCCAGAGGGAGCUCACGUUUACUGUUUGCCUUCAUUACACCUAUGCCAACAUGGAUGAAGAGGUAGAAGAAAAGCAGCCGGUGACUGUGGGGAAACCUCUGGUCUCCAAACUGAAUCUCUAUGAACCACGAACGCCCAGAACCUGCUCAGCCUCCUUGUUCACCAGCGUUAGCUCUUCCUUUGUUGAGGAAUUCCCGUCUGUUAGUCCAACCUCAAACACUUGGCCUUAUUAUGCAGAAAGUUCCAACAUCGACUCUCUGACUUCAUCCAGGAGUGCUAACGUACCAGAGGAGUGUGAUAGUCCAGACUUAUAUGAUGCCCCACCAUCUCCUGUUUCCAGCAAAAGUUGGCCACACGGCCAAAUGAAUGAUGCAAACUACAGAUUUAGUGACAUGUCCAAUUUUAAUUCCUACUAAUUGUCAUGAUGACGUCAUGGUGAUGUAGCGGUCACACUAUAUAGAGUGACGACUGCAAAUUAAUUAUGACCAAUAAGAUGCGAUUAUUCCAUAUAAAUAUGAAAUAUCAAUCUGAUUGAUCUUUGAAUGUAUAAUCAGAAGAGUCAAGGGUUCUUUGCUUGUUGAGAGACCAUAAACACAUUUUGUAUUAAUUCAGACAGAGUCAAGUAUAUAGUUAAAAAGGAAUUUUAUUAUUUUCUAAACUAAUGAUUUUACAUGACAAGAUGUGAUCGAGUGGAUAUGUGGUGAUGGAAUGUGAUGUCUAGGUGGUGUGAUGUAAGUUAGAUGUUUAUCAGAAUUUUUGUAUCUGAAAUUGUGAAAUCUGGGUGUAAAAGAAUUUGUUGUCUGCUAUAAACUAGAGAGUUGAUUAUUAAUAAAUGUGGCGAGGUGGAGAAACGAGGGCCCGGACGGGAUUCGAUCCCUAGACUCCCAGGUGAGAGUCAUAUGCGCUAACCAGUCAGCCAAAGGGACAUUCCCUUGGCCAAGUAGCCAGGGCGCAUCAUCAAUCGGGACACUGUGACAGGAUGCUCACACUGUCACACAAAACAGCAUCAGACGCAAUCUGUUGUGUCUACAAACCCUGGCGGAGACCCCCAGCAGAUCCGGACUGUCAGAAGUCAGGUGGACCUCACGGCACCUGAAGCAAGAAGAUUAACUUCGAUACGACCCGUCCAGUCUUGAGAUGUUUCCAGGUCACAACAGUAGCUGGAAUGCUUGUUUGUGUCCAAAGUGGAUGUGGCUCUUAGGGAGCCGUCUGAAUGUAUCAGCUUGCAGCGUGCAAACAGGUUUUGAUUGUAUGCCAAAAGAGAUGUCUCAACGAUGCUUGUUCCGAAUUGGCCGGUUCGAAACUCUGCUCGAAACUGCAUUACUCGAGAAGUAAUUCCUGUUUUAUUAAACAACUUUCCCAUGAUUUCCGGCCAUUCUGGCAAAUCAGAAUGUGCCAUGUCUGGAAGGCUUCACCAAAACAUUCCUCAGAAAGCCACGCCUUCCUUCAGAUACAAGAUCCUUAAUUCUGUGAGUAAAGAAUCUUUAAACGUUCUGUGAGGUGAACCUUAACCUUAAUUUGUAUCUUAUGAAGAUGUGUAUGAGUGUAGAUAAUGAUUAACUUAUUAAAUCAAACGCAUACUGGCCAUAAGAUUUGUAAUGGAUCAUUGUAAGAGCAACAUUCAUUUCAAAUUCAUUGAUUUAAGCACAGGUUAUUCAAGUAUUUGGUUUAAACAUCUUGUUGAGUCAUACAUAUGAUUAUUUAACUUAUAAGUUGUUAAGUCUUGUAGGAUUCAUGUGGAUUCAAUAAUUCAGAAUGAGGAAUCCAGCAGUCUGACUUUUAGUAGAGAGAUGAGGCUUUUGCGGGAGACCUUGGCAGUUUAUUUAUGUCUGCGUUGAACACUAAGUGAGCAAAAGGUUGAUUUGUACGUCUGAAUCCUCCAGCUGGCGUAAUCUUAACUUUGCAGCUCUGGAAUGCCGUAACCUUGACUUUGCAGCUCUGGCAUGCGUCGUUGUCGUCGUCUUCCUCUUCCUCCGCUUGUCCAGGUCGCAGGGGCAGCAUCCCAACUAGUGAGCCCC